AUGAGCCUGCACUGGAUGCUGUCGCAACCCUCGAGCCCGAACGAGACGCCCGUGCAAGGGCACCUCGACCGAGCCUUCUCCAUUUCGACUCAGACAGCGGCUUCCUCCCUCGACGAGAUCGACCGCCGGCCCGCCCUCCUGUGCCGCCUCCCUGUCGAGCUCCUCCUCGAGAUUGCUCGGAUCGCGAGCGGGCCGCGCGACUCGUACCCGCAGUGGGUCCAGUGGCGGCGGCGCAUGCAGUCGUUCUGCCUCGUGUGCCGUCAUCUGCACCGCGUCCUCGAGUCGGUACUGUGCGAGGUCGUUUGGGUCAGCGGCGCCGAGCUCGCGGUCGACGGCGGUGGGCGCGUGUUCCGGCCGAUCCGGCAUCGCCUUGGCCCGCUCUCGAACGGCGCGUCGGCGGUACGUGCGGGCGAGUGUGUCAAGUGGCUGCGCAUGGACGGGCAACACCAUUCGCCGAGUGGCAAGGACCUUCUCAUUCGCGACUCUACGCCGCUGCCGAUGCUCGAGACGCUCGAGCUCGAGAAAUGCGCCUUCCUCAACCCGUCGCCGUUCCUCAACCUCACCUCGCUCUGGCUCGACACGGUCAAGAUCCGGCCCGCCGACUUUGCGCGGCUCGUCACGCCGGCCCUCACGCCUCGACUCAACUACCUCGCCCUGCGCUCCCUCGCCGACCCGGACAUGGCCAACCUGCGCCACAAGGACGCGCCCGUCGUCUUCUUCCCGCACCUCCCGGUCGACCUCGUCGCGCGCUUGGGCCUCCUCCAGGUCGACCUGUCCGACAUCUCGUCCUUUCCUCCCGACCUGUUCGCCCAUCAGCUCCCCGUCGUCCUCACCUGGCGCUUCUGGCACCAGACGCCGCCGUCCCUCCUGUUCCCGACCCUCGAGCGCCCGCCCAACCACAUCCAGGUCGGCGACAUCUGCUGGCCCGAGCACCGCGCGCUGUGGACGACACGAACGGGCGAGCGCCUCCUCGAGUGGGCCAAGGGCGCUCCUCUCGUGCGCGGCGGCGACGACGGCGACGGCUCGGAGCCGAGGACGCUCGUCCUUCCGCACGAGUAUUGCGCCCUGUACAGCGCCGAAGAGCGGCCGGCGGCGCACCUCGCCCGCGAGCUCCUCGACGAGUGCUGCAGGCGCGGGAUCCGGGUCGAGUGGGCCAAGGAGGACAGGUGGGAGGCGGAAAAGCGCCUGCACGGCGUCCUGCAGCGCCGUUGGUGA